AUGCUGGGCCCCCGGGUCUGGUCCUCUGUGAGGCAGGGGUUGAGCAGGGGCUUGUCUAGGAAUGUGGGGGGCCGAGCCUCAGGGGAGGGGAGGAAGGUGGACAUCACGGGCAUCUAUCCCCCUCUGACCACCCCCUUCACUGCCACCUCGGAGGUGGACUAUGGGAAACUGGAGGAGAAUCUGCAGAAACUGGGCGCCUUCCCCUUCAAAGGCUUUGUGAUCCAGGGCUCCAAUGGCGAAUUCCCCUUCCUGACCAGCAGUGAGCGCCUGGAGGUGGUGAGCCGCGUGCGCCAGGCCAUGCCCAAGGACAAGCUCCUGGUAGCUGGCUCUGGCUGCGAGUCUACUCAGGCCACGGUGGAGAUGACUGUGAGCAUGGCCCAGGUUGGGGCUGACGUCGCCAUGGUGUUGGCUCCUUGCUACUAUCGUGGCCGCAUGAGCAGCGCUGCCCUCAUUCACCACUACACCAAGGUCGCUGACCUCUCUCCAAUUCCUGUGGUGCUGUACAAUGUCCCAGCCAACACGGGGCUAGACCUGCCUGUGGACACGGUGGUCACGCUCUCCCAGCACCCGAAUAUCAUUGGCAUCAAGGACAGCGGUGGUGAUGUGACCAGAAUCGGGCUGAUGAUUCACAAGACCAGGAGGCAGGAUUUCCAGGUGUUGGCCGGAUCGGCCGGCUUCCUGCUGGCCAGCUAUGCCGUGGGAGCUGUGGGGGGCGUGUGUGCCCUGGCCAAUGUCCUGGGGGCUCAGGUGUGCCAGCUGGAGCGACUCUGCCUCACAGGGCAAUGGGAAGAUGCCCAGAAGCUACAGCUCCGCCUCAUUGAGCCGAACACUGCGGUGACCCGGCGCUUCGGGAUCCCGGGGCUGAAGAAAGCCAUGGACUGGCUUGGCUACUACGGAGGCCCCUGCCGGGCCCCCUUGCAGGAGCUGAGCCCUGAGGAGGAGGAGGAGCUGCGCUUGGAUUUCACCAACAAUGGCUGGCUCUGAGGGCAAAGCGGGGACAGGCGGGAGCCCAUCUCAGCUCCUGACUUGUACUCGCAGUCCAAAGAGAAACAUGGGGACAAGGGGGUUCGUGGCUCCUUUUCCUACUUCAGUCCGUCAGGUGCCUCUUACCAGGUGCUAUGCAAGCUCAUUUCCUAGUCUUACAGCCCCACGGCUUCUUGAAUUUGUAUCCUAAACUCUGGGUCUCUGGAGACAUUCCGUCUGAGCAGGAGCAAUUGCUUACUUGGCUCUCUACUGUGGUUUCCUAUGCCCCCAAGACACGUGAGCCGGGCCAGAGGGGAAGCGCAGGGCAGCUGGGCACAGGAGGGCUCUGUGUCUGAAGGAAGGACUCCUUAGACUUGGAGAUACGAACCUGAUUCCAGCACAUGCAGGGGAAGCCAGGGCCACUCUAAGAACCCAAGUUCUGACUCUUUCCUGGGGACCUGAUCAGAAAAAUCUCACUUGUCUUUGAAAGCCCUCCCACCACAAGAUGCAUUCCAGCCACAGUGCCCUUCCCACAGCCCCUUUUGAUUCAUCUCAUAUUCUUGUCUCUAGCUUUGUUCUCAACUGUCAAGUGCACAGAGAACAACCCAGAAUUGGUAAAUAAUGACACCUAGUGGAUAGAUGUUACAUUCUAGAGGACUGUUGUCAUCACGGGUCUGAACCAUUCAGGAGGGGGCGUGGCCUGAGACAGGACCAUCCUCUUGCCUAUAGGCACUCUGCUUUUAUUGUUAAAAAUAAUCACUUCGUUAUUGUAAUAAAGUCCAAUAAGUUAAA